CUAUGCGGCCACACACACUUCAAACAACACGCUUGCUUGUAGUGCACACUCUCCGUGCUGGAGAAAAUGACAGAGAUGGCAGAGCGCAACGGGUGCAAAACCAUCUACAUGUCCGCAGAACUGAAGCAGGCAAAUGACAGUGAGUGCAGAGGAAGCCGAGACAUCCCCAUUCCAGAAGUGAAACCACACUCAUCUCAUCGACUCAAUUAUGUGCAGUCUCACGACAGAGGUCUUCGUCGCUCCUUCGGGUCAACGGACCUUCUCCACAAUGCCCAUCCCCACUCUCACAUUGCACUCGCCAGCGACUCCGCCGAUAGCCUGGAGGGGGCAGUGCCGUUACACGCAGAUUCGAGUGGGGAGCGCCGCAGGGUGGACAAGCCUCAGAGCGCCACAAACAUCACCCCAGUGUCCCUGGAUGACCUGGAACUGCCUGUUGCAGGGGAGGGCAUAAGCAGCUACAAGAGGGUCAAAACAGGGGUAAAGUCGUUAAAGGAUGAGGAAGAGGAGGAGGAAGACAAGUGGGUAGAUGCCUCUGAGAUUAGGUUGAGUCCAGCGGAAGGCCGAGAGGAAGAGGAGGACGAGGAAGCUUCUCCCCUGCCCAUCAUUGGUCAGGCUGGAAAGAAACACCAAGGAGUGACCACCACUGAGGACUCCACAUACCUGCAGGAUUUCCGUAGUCUGCCAAAGAGCCUGGUGCCCUCUGAAAUCACUCACUGCCUGCACAUGCUGGAGGAGGAGUGCAGGGGAGUGGAGAAGGAGAGCGAGAGCGUGAAAUGGAAGAUGGAAUUCAUUCACAGCAGCAUGCAGUGUGUGCAGGAGACCUUGCGGACUCUCCUCAUAAGAUUGGUCGAAGCUCAGAGCAAUGACCACCUGUCACGAGACGCUACGUCCAACCUGUUCCCACCUCCACCACCACCACCCAUCUACCCACUCCACCCGUCCAACACGAGCGAGGUGGGCGCUGACCCCAGCCACGCCGGGCCCCACCACGCCGCCCACACUCACCAACACCACCACCUCCACCACCACCUCCCCCAGUGCAAGGCUCCACACCCGGUGCCCAGCAAGACCUGCCUGAUGGACGCCCUCAACCCGGGCCACUGCUGCCAGGGAGCCUUGUCCGCAGACAUGCCAAGCUGUGCACAGAGAGCCAAGGAGCGGUCAGCAACCUUCAGUGCCAUCACUGAGCUCAGGGCAGAUGUGGAGCGCCUCCGUGUGGUGCACCUGGAGGAGCGCAGAGAGCAGAAAGAGGCACUUCGCGUGCUCAAGGACUUCCAGCGGCAGGUGGAGGACCUGAUCUCAGCCCAGCGUGCCCACCAGGAGGGCAGCAGCGAGCCCUUCAGUGACCAGCUGCAGCAGCUCAAGCAGGAAGUCCAAGACGUGGCCAAUAUGACACGCCAAGCAAUGGCAGUGCUAAAUAAACUGGGUGUACAGCUAGACAACAUGGACACCAAGUCAGAGCACUCUACUAAGUGUGACAGUUAAAGUGACAAUCCUGUGUGUCAGUGAUGACAUCAGAGUUCAAAAUCCACUCACUGAGGAUGCACUUUUAAUAAACUUCUUUGUCUGCAAACAA